CUCAAUCCAAUCUUUUGGCAGCAAGGCAUUUCUCAGAGAUAAAACAACAUUUUCCCACAUGACAAACCACUUUAAUUUUGAGCUUACAACGCUUGCUGUAAAUCAUUAUGGAGCAUAAUUUAGUAAGGUUCAAAGGAUAUAUCAAUAUUUGUGUCUAAACUUGUGUGAAAUCCCCCCCUGCAGGGAACACAGAGCAUUAUUGUCCCGUUAAUCCACGUCAGGAUUAGGUUAAAGCCUCCGUCACCCUGGAAUACCACGUUCACGUCACCAUGGCCACGGGAAGAGACUUGGUCGCGGGGGUAAAUAAUGAAUGGGCCGAGCAGCGCGAGCUGCUGGUUUCGUGUCUGAUUAGUAUUCCGUGCGUGGAUCCUCGCGUGCUGUUAAUGCGCCGUCCGUGAGAGCGCGUCACGAGACCGUGGGCCGGCCGGGGUUUAUAUUUAGGCUCUGGGAGGAAAAAUAACGGUGCGGGGUGAUUCCUCGGAGAGCCUGGCUGGCUUUGUCAAGGACCCGCGGACACUAGAGCGCAGAAAGGGGGAGGGUAGCAGGGAGGGGGGUUUGGCUCCUGCUGCCGCUGCUGCCGCUUCUUCUGCUGCUGCUGCUGCUGCUGCACACAAAUACCAAAAUAGGACCGAGCUGCCUGCGACAGUCCUGAGCUAAAUUGAGGUUCAUGUGUUUCGGAGAGGAGCGCCUUGAGAAGCGUCGGCGCGGAACAAACAAUCCAUGGAAACGGAUAAGAUAUAAUGUCGCACAAAAACGAGAUCUACACGUAUGACUUCUGCGACGGGGAGCAUCCCGCAGAGCUGCUGGAGGCUCUCAGGCGUUUCUACGUCCGCGGCCUGUUCACCGACGUGACCCUGCAGUGUGGCGACUCCGGUCAGGUGUUCCACUGCCACCGAGCCCUGCUGGCGGCCCGCAGCUCCUAUUUCAGAGUCAUGUUCACGGCGGACAUGAGGGAGAGGUCCGACCGCGUCGUCAAGCUGAGCGGCGUGGACUGCGCCGUCCUGGGCGCCCUGCUGGACUACGUCUACACGGCCCGGGUGCGCGUCACCGAGGGCAACGCGCAGAGCCUGCUGGAGGCCGCCGACCUGCUGCAGUUCGGCGGCGUCAAGCGGGCCUGCGAGGACUUCCUCGUCCGCCUCCUGGACGUGGACAACUGCCUGGGCAUGCACGACUUCGCCGAGCUGCACCAGUGCGCCGCGCUGGAGAGGGAGGCGCGCCGGGUGAUGCUGAGCCGGUUCGCGGAGCUCACGGAGCAGGAGGAGUUCCUGGAGUCGGGCCACGACAGGGUCCGGUCCGUCCUCGCCGCUCAGAGCCGCACCGCGCAGGGCGACGACGCGCUGAUAGACGGCGUGGUCAGGUGGGUGUCCCACGACCUGGACGGCCGCGUGCACCGCGUGUCGGACCUGCUGCGCUCCGUCCACCUGGCUCUGGACCACGCUUACCUCGGCGCGUCGUUGGAGGCGCACAGGCGGUACCUGGCGAAAAACGACGGGAAGUUAAAAUCCACGAUCGUUCAGGCGUUGAGGUCAAACGGCAAGGAGAUCCCCGCGGGCGGCAAGAUCUCGCCCAGCAUGUACGUCAUCGGAGGGUACUACUGGCACCCUCUGUGCGAGGUGCACAUCUGGGAUCCUGUCAGCAACACCUGGGUGCAGGGGAAAGACAUGCCCGACCCCGGACGAGAGAGCUACAGCGUCUGUCUGCUGGGCGCAAACAUCUACGUGACCGGGGGCUACAGGACCAACACCGUGGAGGCCCUGGACACCGUUUCAAUUUAUAACUGCGACUACGACGAAUGGACAGAGGGCUGCCCCAUGAUUAAUGCCAGGUACUACCACUGCUCAGUGGCUCUACACGGCUGCGUUUACACCAUCGGAGGCUACAGGGGAGGAGCGCCGGAGCAAGAGACUGAAUAUUAUGAUCCUUUGAAAAAGAGAUGGUUUCCCGUGGCCAAAAUGAUCCAAGGUGUAGGAAAUGCCACUGCAUGCGUGAUGGGGGAGAAAAUCUACGUGACCGGUGGCCACUACGGAUACAGAGGAAGCUGCACCUAUGAGAAAGUCCAGGUGUUCAGGCCGGACGUCAACGAGUGGAGCAUCGCGACCAUAAGUCCGCAUCCAGAGUACGGCCUCUGCUCCGUGUCUCUCAACAACAAGCUGUAUUUGGUCGGCGGACAGACGACCGUGGCGGACUGCUACGACACAGAGAGCGACGAGUGGCGGCCCGUAUCGGUGAUGAAGGAGAGGAGGAUGGAGUGCGGGGCCGUGGUGAUAAAUGGGUGUAUCUACGUAACAGGGGGCUACUCCUACUCCAAGGGGACUUAUCUACAGAGCAUUGAGAAAUAUGACCCCCAGCUGGACUCGUGGGAGAUAGUGGGCACUCUUCCCAGCCCCGCCAGGUCACAUGGAUGUGUUUGUGUCCACAGCGUCCACUGAUCUUUACCGCAUCACGGUGUUAUCUUUUAGGAAAUGGAUUGAAAGGCGUUCACACGAGUGCACAGAGGCGUGUGGAUGACAAGCGGAUCCGUCAGGCUGCUCUGAGUACAUUUGCCAAACUGAUGAAGAAAACCUCAGGGGUCUCUUGAUGAGCACCGUAGUUGUGUUAUUCAGACCUCUAAAAGAGUUUAACAAGUUUUUAAUUGGUAUUAAAAAUUUUAGCAAAAAAUGCAUUUUUAAUUGCAGAGCUGCACUUAUACACUGUAACCUAACUGAAUAAAUUAAUUCACUCUCUUG